CCGCUAUGUCUAAACGCGCCCAACCAUCGCCAUCAACGUCUCAGCGCAAGCGGGCAAAGCUCGCCUCAGAUCAGUUAUCAUUGAAGACGUUUUUCGGAUCUUCUCUAAGCCCCACUUCUCCAGCCAAUUCUGUGGCGGGGAAUGGAAAACGCAACGCAAUUGGAGGGCUGGGUGUAGAACCAGUACGAGAACAAUUAAAUACCAAAAAGAUUGCCAAGCCAGAGGUCAUCGACCUGACUUCGGAUUCUGAACCUACCGUCAGAGAUUCUGAAUCUGAUAGUCUUUUUCCAGCUCCUGCUCAAGUCGACGUUGGUGGUUCGUCAGGGGGUGUCCUACCUGGCUCUAAAACACCCUCGUGGCAGCAUGUUCUUGUCAAAAACAACGUCGCUGCCUUGCCAAAUUAUCAGCCACUAGGAGUUGAUCCUCUUCUCUAUGACAUCCAGGAAAGUCCGUGGUCAGCUAAUGAACCGGCGCCAUAUUCGUUCCUCGCUCAUACCCUCGCCACCUUAUCGGGAACACGUUCUAGGAUUAUCAUUCUCAACACGCUUACAAAUACCCUCAGGACUUUGCUCAAUUGGCAUCGGCCAUCCUUGCUGCCAUCGCUAUACCUCCUUUCUAAUUGCCUGUCUCCUCCGUACUCUCCAGUUGAGCUAGGUAUCGGUUCCUCGGUUAUAUCCAAGGCGAUUCAACAUAUUUCCGGCCUGAGCUCUUCUACGCUUAGGCGGCUUUACAACUCAUCCGGUGACCCCGGUGACGUUGCUUUUGAAGCAAAGUCAAAUGUUCGCACCUUAGUGCCUCAUCCUUCACUACUCAUCGUGACUGUGUACGAAUCUCUAUUGAAAAUUGCCAACUCUAAGGGACAAGGCGCAGCCAAGCAGAAGCAAGCCAUCGUCGAGAAACUCCUUGUAGCAGCUAAAGGAGAAGAGUCGCGUUAUCUUGUCCGUACCUUAUCGCUGAAUCUACGUGUUGGAGCGGUCAGAACCUCCAUCCUAACUGCACUGGCAAGAGCGUUAGUCUUGACUUCGCCAACUAGUCUCGGAGGUCCCCCUCGCGAUGAUUCGCCAUACCAUGCCACCUCACAAUCAAUAUCUUCGGUUCAAUCCCUCGCAGCCGCAGGAAAAAAAGGUCUUGAUCCUGCUGGCGAUGAACUUCAUGAGAAAUUCAUCCAAGCUGAAGCAUUGGUUAAAAAAGUGUUCGUUCAACACCCAAACUAUGAUCACAUCGUAGCCGGUCUCUUUAACGGCGGAUUAGAUAGUCUCGAAGUACAUGUUCCGUUGACCGUCGGAAUUCCCUUGCAUCCGACCCUGGGUUCUCCCACUCGAUCAUUGGAUGAAAUAUAUGACCGUUUGGGGGAUCUCCCCUUUGCAGCAGAAUUCAAGUAUGAUGGUCAGCGCGCUCAGAUACAUGGGGUACGAGGAGCGAAUGACGACAAUCCUUCCAUUCACAUGUUCUCCCGUCAUCUAGAAGAUAUGACCACAAAGUAUCCUGAUAUCGAUCGCCUUGUUAAAUGCAUCUUCGAAGAUCAACCGCAGCUGCGAUCUUUUAUUAUCGACUCUGAGAUUGUUGCCAUAGAUCCAGUUGACGGCGGCCUGAAGUCAUUCCAGGAGCUCUCGAACAGGGCAAGGAAGGACGUGGAAAUGAGUGAUAUCAAGGUUUCUGUGUGCGUGUAUGCCUUUGAUCUGAUGUAUCUUGAUGGUGAGGUCUUACUCGCCCGGCCCUUCCGAGAGAGGCGGUCGCUGCUGAGAUCUCGCUUUCCGCCUUUCUUACCGAGCGACAAGGGUGCAGGGCGUCUUGACCACGUCGAAAGCUGUGACAGCGAGGCAGGCAGAGAUGCUAUUGAGGAGUUUUGGCAGAAGGCUAUAGAGAGCCGCUCUGAGGGCCUCAUGAUUAAGAUCUUGAAUGGUGGUGCAGUGCAAGAGGAUGGAACGCAGAAAGGAAAUGCAAAGCGGAAACCUUUUCCCGCGACUUACGAACCCGAUAAACGAACAUCCGCUUGGUUGAAGCUGAAAAAGGACUACGUUGCGGGUCUCGGGGAUACCCUCGAUAUGGUUCCUGUCGGAGCGUGGCAUGGGAACGGACGAAAGGCUGGGUGGUGGAGCCCAGUUUUGCUUGCUGUUCGAGAUUCCACCGAUGACUGCCUUGUUGCCGUCUGCAAGUGUAUGUCCGGAUUUUCGGAUGCGUUUUACAAAGAGAUGGUUGCGCGUUACCCAGAGGGGUCCGAUAAUUGCUCUAGGCAACCCCUUUGGGAAACCAAUACAGGAGGCUUCAGGCCCGACGUUUACUUCAGGCCCAAUGAAGUGUGGGAGAUACGAGGAGCAGAUAUCACUUUGAGCCCUGUAUCUCUGGCAGCAUUGGGCCUGGUUUCCUCAUCGAGGGGCCUCAGUCUUAGGUUCCCGCGAUUCAUAAAGACGAGAGAAGAUAAAUCGUUGGAGCAAGCCAGUACUGCAAAUUUCCUCGCUCAGAUGUGGAAAGACCAACAGGGGAAAUCCGCUCAAGGGGGCGCCGAUGAUGGUGAUUUACUGGAUGUAGAGCCAGAUUCAGAGGAGGUCGUUGAGGCGGAGGAGUCGGACAGUUGACUCCGAACCAACUCCGAACCUUGAAGGUUGGACAUUUAUUUUUGGUCAUUCUGCUCUUAAUACUUGACAACUACAUACACGUCAGUUUACACACAGCAAUUGUAAUACAAUAGAGCAUCUGAGCACAUACGGGGCAAGCCCAAAACCUCGUACCACUAGUGCUGUCCGACAUAGGAUAGAUUCAAAUAAAAGAUGGCACUAUGCCAGCAUAUGCUUC